UCUACAUAGGUGUUCUUCCUGGUUGUUGAUUCUGUGUGAAAGUAGCAACAUUUCGGCCAUGAGCAAGUUACAGCAGAAAGCACGCGACGUUUGGAAAUAACGCUCGGUUGUCUGAAAUCUACAAAGACGCGCACGCGCGCUUUUUACUGUCAAAGCCUCUCCUUUUGCGCCGGAGGAUUCAUGCAAUGCAAUAUUCAUUUUGAUUAAGUCCAAAAUGCCCGACUGCUGUGCCGCAGCAAACUGCAAGCAGAGCACGGAUCAGUCCAGUGUUUUCUUCUUCGAGUUCCCGCUGGAUCCAGAUCGAUGCAGACAAUGGGUGGGUAACUGCAACAGGCCUGAUCUGCAGACCAAAACACCUGAGGAUUUACACAAAAACUACAAAGUGUGCUCUAGGCAUUUUGAGACGUCAAUGAUAUGUCAACAGAGCGCUCUUAAGUGUAUUUUGAAGGAUGAUGCCGUUCCUACUUUAUUCAAUUUUGCAACCAACCAGGACAAUGCACAAACAAGCAACAGAAAAAGGACAAGGGAGAAGACUGGAGAGGAGCCAGUUGUCCCAAAGAAAACUAAAGGUACCACCGAUGACCCAAACCUCUCUGCUACAGAGAUGGAAGUUAAGGUUGAGGGUGACUUGGCUGAGAUUAGCGAAAUACAGAAUCCUCCUGCACAUGAUGAAUCAGAGAAGGAGGAUCCUGCUAUUUCCAAAGCAAAGGAAAUUUUAAAAGAGUAUUUCAAGGAGACGUUAGCCUUCACUGGUUUCAGCAUCAAUAACAAGGCAUCCCUUAACCCAGGUGGGGCGCUGUCUGUUAAUACCAUGUGCUCUGAGAAAAUUGACCAAAAAGAAGUGCUAACCUUAGGUGAGGAAGUGAUGCGUGAAGAGAUCCGCAAUAGCCUGCGCCUUGCACGCUUUUUUUCUAUACUUUUGGAAGACAAAACAAACAUUGACGGUGUGGACCAGAUUCCAGUUAUCCGUUCCGUCACAAGUGGAGGCUAUCCACAGAAGCACCUCCUGGCAUUCCUCCCCUGUGAUGUUGACUCUGAAAGUCUGUUUCACAUGCUUAUAUCUGAGAUUCGUAACAAGUGGGGUCUGCGGCUGGAGCACUGCCGUGGCUUCACCUACCUAUCAUCAGGUGUCAUGUGUCAGAAACUGAAGGAUUUCACCUGUAGGAUGCUGCGGGAUUUUCCACAGGUAGUUCUAUCCCCCAGCGAGCCUUAUGCCUUUAAUGUGUGGUUGAUUCGCUCCAUGCCUAUCCUUCCCAUUCAAGAGGUUGUUGAUACCGUAGAGCAAGUUGCUAAUGUUAUUAGGCAGUCAGAAACUCUGGCGAAAAAACUUGAUGCCAAGAUUACCACCUUAUACGGUCACAUCAAAGGUGAAGUGGACAGAGUCAAAGAUUCUUACCAGAACCGUUGGGAAUAUGCCACAGAUGCUUUCCAGACAAUGCUUGACAUCUUGGAGCCGCUUUUGAGCAGUAUUGGAGAGAUGUGCACCAGUGCUCUUUCAGAUGUGGAUGCAGAAACUGUUGAAGCGCUUCUAAAGCUGAAAGAGAAGCUGAAGAAUUUUAAUUUCAUCAUUACUCUUGUGGUCUUGAAGAACACUCUGUGUUGCGUAAGCAUUCUGAACCCCAGCCUCAGGGGAAUAAUCAGCAUAAGCAGCACUUUACAGUACACCAUCUCCAAUGCCUUAAAGCUUCUCACCAAACAUAUGCAGGAGAUUCCCAUUUUUCACAGAAAGUGGUUCUCUGAUGCAUUGGGCAGAGCCAAGAAGUUGGGGGUGCCAGUCAAUUUACCAGCAGACAUGGUGACAAAUGGUGAAAGCACAGAAAAUCCUCAAGCCGCAUUGGAGGAUUACUACAGGGAGGCAUUAAGCAAGAAAGUUUUGCAGUACCUUAUUGAUGAAGUCAAAAGAGUCCUAGGCACUGAAAUGGCAAGAAUUCUCAGAUGGUUGUCAUUGGUGCCCUCAUACAUGGCUGACCACAAUUUCAGCAUCCGGAAAGACAAAGUUGCUGAUGCUAACCUGAAUAACUUGGCUCGUCCAGAUUCAUUUUACGAUGAACUGGGUUGUUGGGAAGUCAAAUGGAGGCAUGCUAGCAAGCGGAGAAUUCUUCCCACCAGUGUGUUUGCUACCCUUAAGAUUCCUGAUAUAGGAUUUUACCCAAAUGUACAGAGCCUUUUGAGAGUGCUAGGCACCAUCCCUUGCGUCCACGCAGAAGCAGAUGUGUAUGGGCAGUAUGACAUGGUGCUGAACCGGUAUCACUCCUACAUGAAAGAAGUAACAGCGGAAAAAAGACUGAGCAAUAUGGCCUUUGUUUAUGUCAAUCAAGAUGUCAACUUCAGCAUUGAGGAAAUGGUGGAAGCAUAUGUAAAGAAAAAUCCAGAAAUCCUUCAGCUGAUACAUGAGGAUGAUGCAAUGGAAGUGCAACCAUCAGAUCCAGCAACCAGUGCAAAUGAUGCCUCUAAAGAAGAUGCAGAAGAACCAAGAGAGAUGACUUUAAAUAUGGACGUUGAGAGACAGAAACCACCAGAAUGUGCAGAAACUAAUAAAGAGGCAUUGAAAUCUGCAUUACAGUCUGCUGUCACUGCUGCAUAUAGCAGGCAAAGCAGAGUCCCUGAUCAAGACCAAGAAGUAGAAUAUGUGACCAGAUCUGAGAUGAAUGAAGUCCUUAAAGUGUGUGAGGAUGUUGUUAGGGACAGGAUUCUUUCAGAGGUUGGAACUGCAUUUUUCUCCUUGUUUAUCGACCGAGUUAUCCUAUUUGGAGAGAUGGAAUACCUACCUGUGUUCAUCAGAUUUGUUGACAGUUUCGAUGUCAUGCGACUUGAGCUUUUGGGAUUUGUUGAGGUUACUAAUGACACUGAGGCUAUGUGCGAACAUAUUUAUGAUGUGCUUACCACUGAGUGGCAUUUGGAUUUGAGCUACUGCAGAGGUCAAGCUUACCUUGGUUCUGGUGAGCUGUCCUAUAAGCUCAGGGCCUUUGCAUGUAAAAUACAGGAGAAGAAUCCUCUUGCUCUGUGCACACACUGCUCUUGUUACUCUUUCAAUACAUGGUGGUCAAGGUCAGUUCCAGUUGCUGCAGUCAUGAGAGCCAUAGACACAUUAGAGGAGAUUGUGUCAUUUUUCCAAAGCAUGCCUGCCCUUGAGAAACAAUUAGAUCAGAUCUUAGCCAUAGGCCUAAGAGAGAGCUAUGAGAAAAUUCAUGAGCUUCAAGGACAGUUCUGCUCCUCUUGGCUUGAGAAGCAUGACUCUUACGAAGUCUUUGCUCAGAUUCUGGAGCCUCUAACUGAUUGGCUGGAAAAUAUUGAAAACGGCCAGCCCCAAAAAUGGAGUUUGGCAGUAAUAAAUCGAGCCAAAAGACUAAUUCAGUUAAUAGGGGACUUUGACUUCAUUGUGGCUAUUGUUGCACUAAAGAAUGCUUCAUCCUUCACCAGAGAACUGAGUGCAGCACUACAGAAAGAUCAUUUUAGCGCUGCCUCCCAGCUCAGCCAAAUCAGUGGUAUUGUGGCAACGCUUAACCGGGUUAAGACCAACAUCAAAGUUUUCCACCAGAACUGGUUUGAUGAGGCAUGUGGUUUUGCUCAGAGUCUUGGUGUGCAGGUUAAAGUGCCUGAAAGUAUAGUUGUUCCAAGAGACAGCCUCUUAAAGCCCGGCUCUUACUACAAAGAUGCAAUGAGUGUCCCUUUAGUUGACCACCUCAUCAAUAUGGUCAAAGACUAUUUCUCUGAUGACCACAAAGAAGCUCUCAACUUAAUGUCCUUGGUCCCAUCAUCUGUAACAAUGAGUUGCGUUUUUGAAACGCUCAAGGCAAAACCACCUCUGUACAUUGGUGACCUUCCAGAUCCUGACAACUUCUUCACGGAGCUGAGCUGCUGGAAAGUAAAGUGGAAAACAAAAGUGGUUAGUGUAACCAUACCAGAGACCAUUUUUCAGACUCUGCGUUUACCCCUCAUGCAGUACUUUGUAAACAUCAAUACGUUGCUAAAGAUUAUGUGUGUGUUGCCAAGCACAUCUUUGGAAUAUUGUGGAGAGGUGAUUCGGCACAAAAUGUAUCAAGACUACCUGAGAAACUCCUCAUUCAUGGACAGAUCACCUUGUUUAGCCAUGCUUCAGGUGAGCACUGACUUCAACAGAGACCUGGAGAGAAUGGUUGCACAGUGCUUAAAGUUUACACCCAAGACGCUGGAAGGCAUUUGCCUGGACAAAGAAUCCAAAACCUUAGGAAAGGUUGUUGAAAUAAAAACAGAGGAUGACAACCACAUGGAUGAAAUUGAGGGGAGGGAAUCUCAGCAGGACAAAGACUCCAGAACACUAGUGAUAAACGCUGAGACGCAAGGCCAAGAAGCAGAUGUCCAGCAAGAGAGACCUGAGGUCAUGGAGACUGAGCAGCAGCAGUCUGAAAACAUAGUGGAAGUUGUUGCAGAGGAGCCUCACAUAAAGAUUGAAGAAGUAGACAAGGUUGUGGAUGAGAAUGGCCAUCCUGGUGAACCAGCAGACAAUAUAAAGAACUGUGGAGAGGUCUUCAAACAGGCAGCAAUGCUUGCAAGGAGAAACUGCUCAUUGACUGACCUAAACGAACCCGAGCAAGAUGCUGUUGCUCAGAUACUUGCCUCAUGUCACUGGGUACAGGAGGAAAUGACACAAAUUUCAGAGGGGGAAAUGCUACAAAGUAUUGUGAAGGCCAUACGAGAAGCAGUCCUUUGUGAAGUUCAGGACUCUCCUUUCUUUUCCAUCAUCACGGAUAGAGUUAUUUCUGUUGAUGAGGCAAAGUUCCUACCAGUCUUUAUUCGAUAUGUGAAUGACUGCAUUCCUAAAGUGGAACUCAUUGGAUUUUUGCCCUUUGAUGAAAGUUUUGAUGUGGAUUUGCAAGCAAAGGCACUUUCAGCCACACUUGAGGAUAAAUGGGGACUUCAGAUGGGCUGCUGUCGUGGCCAGUCCAUCAUGUGCAUUGGUACAGGAGGUCAAAGUCUCAGAAAGGUGGCUCUGGCCAUCUUGGAAAACUAUCCACUAGCUGUGCACACUCCCAGUGAGUCUUGUGGGCUUGCCUACUGGCUGGCUUUAAGCCUACAGAAUGGUUACAUUACAAAGGUUCUUGAAACAACUGAAGAUCUGCUGCAGUUCUUUGAUCAGUCACCUAAAUUAGGGAGUGAGCUUGCCAAGACCAUGGAUGGGCUUUUGAAUACCCCACGGGAAGCACUUGGAGAGGUUCCAGAGACCUGCUUGUCUAGAUGGAAGAAGAGAGAAGAUUUUUUUGAUAUUCUGGUGGAUAUGCUAGAGGGAGUCCUAAACUGCUUAGAUUCUGUUAGCAACAACUCUAAUGGGUCAUGGAGCAGUAGUAUGUCACUGCAAUCUCAGACGCUGUCUACAGCUAUUAGACAGGUUGAUUUUGUUGUCCCACUUGUGAUUCUGAAAAAUGUCUGUGCUCCCUUGAGGAAUUGCAGCACUGUGUUCCGCUGUGGAAACCCUGCUGACAUUAUUUUUGAGCUUGAGAAGAUUAUUCCUAUAAUAGAUUCUCUUAGCAAGAUGUUGGACAAUAUAAGUGGAGUGCAUUGUGUCUGGUUUGAGGAGGCAGUGGGACUUGCAACUAAGGUCACUGGAUUGUUGUCAUAUGCAGAAUCUGUCAGUAGCUAUGAUUCACCAGAAACAUUCUACAUGGAAGCAGUUAGCUUACCAGUUCUCAGCGGUUUGAUUGAGGAAAUGAAAUUUAACUUUUCAGAGAAUCAUCUGAAAGCCCUGAAAGUGUUAUCCCUCCUCCCUACCUGCAACCCUCUGCCCAUUCUCCCAGAAUCCACAGAUAAACUGCACACUAUAUACCUGAGCGAUCUCCCUGAGCCGGACACGGCUGAAGAAGACAUUAACACGUGGGCCACGGUUUGGAGGGAGAAGUAUCAAGAUGUUUGUCCUCCCACAUCCAUCUCUGAGACAUUGCUCCAUAAUGAAGCCAAAAACCUUCCAAAUGUUGCAACUCUUCUCAAGCUAGCAGCUGUGCUGCCUAGCAUUAGCAUGGAGUGUGAUCUAAUGAAGACAACAUUAAACUCCUUGAGGAUCUUACUAAGAGAUGGUAUCUUUAGCAGGGGUAGUAAAACUGAUUCAGUCCUGCUUCUCAUGCACCGCCAGACACUGCAGAGCCUGGAGGAGGUAAUUGAGAAAUGUAUGGAGGUCGAUCCAGAAAGUCAGCCAUUUCUUGCUCAGGUAAAAGCAAGAGUUAAUCAUCUGAGAAUGGAAGGUGAAGUUAUUGCCAUGGCACCACAGGAGAUUACCGUGGAUACAAAUGGUUCUGGUAAUACUCAAGAAGCAACGGAUGCUGUAAUUGAUGUUAAAACGGCUGCUCCAGAGGAAGCUCCAGUUGAAACCAAUGGCUCUAGUGAAAUAGAAGGGGCUGAAGAAGCAUCUGUCAUGAGUACACCUGACGAGCCAGUAUCUUUAAUAAUCCAAAGCUCUGACAAAAACACAGCUACAGCUCAAGCGAUCCCUGUUUGCAGCUCUCUGCCAACCAGCAAACUUGACCAACCAACAGAAUCUCUUCAGGAUGCCACUAUGCAGACCGCAGAAGCAGAACAUGACAAUAGUGAUCAGCUGAUUCCAGUUGUUCACAAUGUACCAGUAGAUGGAGGUCCUAUUAUAACAAGUCAAGGUGUAACUGAGCCAUUUAAUGAAGAACAGCCAGUUAGCAGUGUUCAGUUGGCAUCAGCUGAUCAAAGAGAAUGUAGUCCACUCAUGGAGGUAGAUCAGUUUGCUGCAGCAGAACCAGAUGAAAAUGACAGGCCAACAGCAGAGGAACAAGUUGUACCUGAGCAGGCAGCUGCUCCCAAUUCUGAAGUUCUUGAAAAUGAUUCUUCUAUAGUUGCUCAAGACAGAAGUUAUCACACAGUUACAGGGUUAGCAGAUGGUCAGUUUAUUUCAGAGCAUCAGAGUGAAUCUGUUCAGCUAAUGGCAGUUGAUCUGAGUGUAGAUGAUCAGUUGGUGUCGGUGGAUCAUAGUGAAGCUGAUCAAGUCAUGGAAUUUGAAGAAAGUGGAAAUGCUCCAUGUGUAGUUGAUCACAAGGGUGAUGAUAGCCAGCCAGCAACAGGGGAACUACUGGAGCAUCAGCAAUUUGCAGUUGAAAUCAACCAAUCUGUGGAAAAAGUUCAAGAUGAAGCUUGUCUGAUAGAAACAGGAAUGGCAGGUGAAACUGAUCAAUGUGUAUCAGUGGAUAAAUCCGGAUCUGAUCAACAUGAAGCUGAGGAUAACUCUGAAAAUCAGUCUGUAGCAGCAGGUCAGGGUAAAACUGGUCAGUCAGUUACCGACCAGUCAGUUACUGAAGAUGAGACUGUGAAGGAUGAGGUCAUGACAGAUGUUCAUUUGAAAACAAAUAAUUCAAUCGUAGAGAGUCAAGAAAAUACUGGAAUAUUAAGAGAAAGUGAAUCUGAUCAGCUCAAGGUGUCUGAUGUUGAAAGUGAGCAAUCUGUAGCGGGAGGUCAGUGUGACAUUGGUCAGUCAGUAACUAAAGAUCAAACUGUAAAGGAUCAGGUCAUGAUAGAUGUUAAUUUGGAAACUGAUCAUUUAGUAGCAGAGGGUCAAAAUGAGGCCAGACAAAUAGAAAACGAGUUAACAUAUGAAAUUAAUUUAAAAUCAGAGGAACAAAGUGAAUCUGAUCAGGUUAUUGUAUUUGACUCUGGAAAUGAUCAUUCUGUAGCAGCAGAUCAGGGUGAAACUGGUCAGCCAGUAACUGAUGAGAAUGUAAAGAAUCAGGACAUGACAAAUGAUCGUUUGGAAACUAAUCUUUCAGUAGUGCAAAAUCAAGAAGAGUCUAAUCAGACAGAAACUAGGUUAUCUGACUCUGGAAAUUAUCAUUCUGUUGCAGCAGGUCAGGGAGAAACUGGUCAAUUAGUAGCCGAAGAUCUGACUGUAAAGAAAAAGGACGUGGCAGGUCAUCAUUUGGAAUCGAAUCAUUCAGUAGUGGAGAGUUUAGAUGAAACUGCAUUCAUGAAUAAAGGGGAGGUAAUAUUAGAUGAUCAAAAGGAAUAUGAUCAGCUUAUGGUAUGCGACUCUGCAAAUGAUCAGUCUGUAGCGGAAUAUCCAGGUGAAAUUGGUCAGUCAGUAACUGAAGUUGAAACUGUAAAGGAUCAAUUCUUGACGGAUGAUCAUUUACAGACUCCUCAAUCAGUAGUAGAGAGUCAAGAUGAAACUGAUCAGACAGAAACUGGACUAGCGAAUGAAGGCGAGUUCAUGUCAGGCAAUCAGAGUAAAUCUACUUCACUUGUGUGUGACUCUGGAAAUGAUCAUUUUGUAGCAGCUUGUGUGGGUGAAGCAGGUCAGUCAGUAGCCGAAGAUCAUAUUUUAAAGGAUCAGGUCAGGACUGAUGAUGAUUUGGAAACAGAUCAUUCAGUAGUUAUUAGUCCUGAUGAGGCUGGUCAGGCAGAAACAGGGUUAGUGAAUACAGAUGGAUUUAUGUCAGUAGCUCAAUGUGAAUCAACUCAGCUUACGGUAUUUAACUCUGAAAAUGACCAGUCUGGAACAGAAGAUCACAGUGUAACUGAGCAGUCAGAAACCGUAGAUGCAAAUGUAACUGAACGGUUCUCUGGAGUUGGUCAAGAUGAAAAUAAUCAUUCUGCAGAAGAUGGUGAAGAACAGUCGGGUCAGAUAGGAACUGGGUUUUCAACUGAAGGUGAAACCUUUCAGGUAGUACAAGAAGAUCAAAGCGGAUCUGAUCAGCUGAUGCUGGAUGAUGUGUCUGAAAGUUAUCAAUCUGGAUCAGCAGAUCAAGUUGUUACCUGUCAUUCAGUAACAGGAGAUCAAAGUGUUCCUGAUCAGUUCAUAGCAGUCGGUCAUGUUGAGUCAGAUCAGUCCAUAGUUGAAGGUAAAAAUGAAGCUGGUAUGGCAGAAAGUGUAUUUCCAAACGAAGCAGGACCAAGUCAGUUAAUAUUGGGGGAUCAAUGUGAAUCAGAUCAGUUAAUGGUUGUUGACUCUGAAAAUGACCAGGCUGUAUCAUCAGUUCAGAGUGGCUUUGUUCAGUCUGUAUUACCAAAAACAGCAGAAACAAGUCAUUCAGUAUUGGGUGAUCAAUGUGGAUCUGAUCAGCUCAUGGUAGUUCAGUCUGGAAAUGAUCAGCUUGAAACAGGAAAUCUAACCAAUCAGUCAUCAUUAGAUCAAAAUUUAACUGAUGCAUUUGUUGAAGUUGCAACUCCUCAGCUUAUAGUAGAAUGUCAAAGUGGAUCUGGGUUAGCAGAUGAAGGUGGAAUUAGUCAGGUAGCAUCAGGUAAUCACGAUACAGAUCAGCUUGUGGCUGAUGAACCCUGUGCAAAUGGUCAGUCUGUUGUAGAAAGUCAAGGUGGAACUAUUAUUGCAAUUAAUCAAAGUGUACCUGAUGAGCCUAUGGAAGUUAGUCAAGGGGGAUCUGACCAGAUAGUACCAGGGAAUCAAAGUGAAAUGGAUCAGUCUAUCACAGUAGAUCAGGAUGGCCCCAAUCAACCUAAAAUAGCUGCAGACUGUGGCACAAAUCAGUUUAAUUCAGUGGCUCCACAUGGCUCUGCCCAAGAAACUGCGGCAGUGAACGUUUGCCUCAAUCACCCAUUUGAAACUCCAAGUGUUACUGAUUAUUGCUCACCUGCUUCACCCGAGGAUAUUACUGAUCAUCUCAUAGCAGCAGAAUCAGUCACGGACCAUUCUGAAGAAAAAGUCGUGGAUGGUACAGAACAAGUAGUUACCCUGGUUGACUCUGCGCAUAAGCAAAAUAUGUUUACCCCCUAUGAUGCUGUUGCUCGAGAAGAUUUGCUCAAAGAACUGUGCAGGAUAAAGUUCUUUUCUAUAGUCACAGAGGAUGAGUUGAUAAUUGAUGGCCAACAAUUUAUUCCUGUAGCAAUACACUACCUGGACAAACAAGACAUUCAGUGUGAAAAAAUAUUAGCAUUUCUCCCAUUUUCCACAAACAUUGCUUCAUUUGUGGAUACUCUCAUCAUCGCCCUCUCUGAGAAGUGGGGGCUAAAUUUGGCACUUUGUAGAAGUCAAACAUUGGCUAGAUCUGAUACCCAUGCCUCUCAGAUGACUUCUGUGUCAGCUUUGCUUUCCCAGAGACUCCCUCAUGCUUUCAGUUUCCCGAAACCUAUAUCUCUGAAGUCUUUGCUAGCCAGUUUAUCCUCCCUGAGAGAGGUAACUCAAAGUUUUGAGUACUUGGAGCAGCUGUUUUUGUGGUUCUCUGAGGAUGAUCAGCGUCGGGUAAGACUAGAGGACGCUGUUGUACAUUUGUUCCAGAAGGACGAAAGGAAGGCCAGAGAGCUGAAAACAAUGAUAAGCAGCAAUCAACUGGCAAUGAGCCAUGAGGUUCUGGAACUUACUACAGACAUUCUAGAGGCCAUCGUCCUUUGCUUGAAUGAGAUGAAAGGAAACCAAGAUAAUGAGGCAAACACAGCACAGGCCCAGAGCUUCCUUUCUGGAAUCCAAAACUUUGACUUCAUAUUGACAGUUUUGAUUAUGAAAAACAUCUUGAGCCUCACCAAAAACCUAAGCCUGAGUCUUCAGGGAAAUUCUCAUGAUGUAUAUCAAGCUGCAAACCGCCUGUCUGAUGUCCUACCCUCUCUCAGUGAAAUGAAGAACCGUCUUGAGUCACACCAUAAAACCUGGUUUCAAGAGGCAGUUUCUUUAGCUUCUAAGCUGCAGGUACCAUCACUACAAACACCAAUAAAUGUGCACUACAAAGAGGACAUCAGUAAAGGGGCCAUUGAGCAUUGUAUUUCCGAGGUGAAAGGAGUCUCCCUGGAUGUUCUGUCUGCUCUUCGCUGCUUGCAGGUUGUGCCUUAUGUCAUGUCCAAAGUGGAAGGAUGCUGCAAGGACACUGAGUUUGUCAAAGUGUUUAAGGAUGACUUGCCUGACCCAAGCUCCAUACAGGCUGAGCUGCAAAGGUGGAGGGACAGGUGGCAAGACUCUAUUGCUACUCAUCAACACCUACCCGACACUGUCCUUGGCACACUGAAAGUUUCUGACAUCCAGACUUUUCCCAACGUUUCAACCAUCCUUCGGCUCCUUGCAGUCCUGCCCUUUUCCAGCAUGCAGAGUAGACAAGGAAAGGUGAAUUCUGAGCUGUACCCUCUGUAGUAGGCUUGGCUUAGUUGACCCCAAACAAGCUGUCCUUUAGGAUGUCAUACACUGCUGAAACUUCAGAAUGUCCCACUGUAUUCGCUAAACUGUAGAUCACAUCUGACUGUAGGUUUCAGUAUGUUUGUUUUAUUAGUUAAUGAUUACAAAUUAGACCUGUACACUUUAAGUAUAAUCACAUGAUUGUUUUAUUGGCGUUUUGUCUUUUUUUAUUAUUAUUAUUAUUAUUAUCUGUUUUUCCUUUUACAUAAGUGGCAUGAAAAAAAAGAGGACUGCCAAUUGGGACCAAUGUCUUGCCAAAAAAAAAAGAAAAAAAGAUAGAAAGAGAGAGAAUAGGAUGCCCUUGUGGGCUCUUACUGCUUUGUGCCUUUAUGCAAAAACCCUACGUAAGUCUUUAAAUCGAGAGACACAAAAAGUCUGGAUGGACAUUUUCACCCCAGACUUUUUGGACAUUUCCGAAUAUCUUCAGGAACUUUUAAAGACUUCAAAUCACGUAAAUCCUCUGAGAUGCAUUGGGGGGAAAUUCAUCACAAUGAAUUAUGAUGGUUGUGUUCUGUUGUCACAAUGUCAUCCCACGGCACAAACAAAAAUGAGUCUGUCUCUGUAUCAUUAUGUGUUACAAUGGUUGAUUUGUUUGCAGUUUUAUUUUGAUCAAUGGAUUUUUCUGUAAACAUUUCUCCCAUAAUUCCUCCUCAUGAAGGAAGCGUUCAUAUAUAUUUGACUAAAAUAAACAAAAUCAUUGAAAAUAA